UUGAACUGUCCUUCACUGGAACUGAUGUGGGCAGGCAGCGGAUUUUUAAGAAGGCAGCCCCGAGAGGUGGAAAAAAAACUGAGCUUGAAAGAAAGGGGAGGAGCGACGGCAUCACAUACAGAGAGAGGAGGACAGUGAGUGAGAGGGAUACUGUCCUUCUGUGCCGACAGUUUCUCCAUUUAGGCGUGAUUUAACCCGGGUUGUUUAGGAUAUUUAGCUAGCUAGCUAGCUAGUCUAUCGGUCUUACUAUCCUAUGCCUGUCAGUGUCGGGCUGUGAAGAGGACUUGUCCCACGUUAUAUGGAAAGCUAGCACAAUAAAGCUAGCUAACUAUCGUUAGCUUCACCUUACCACCGGACCCGGCGAAGUGAAGAGCCGAGGAGGGGACUCGCAAGAGUUGGCUCGAAUAGUCCUUUCAGAAGAUACACCGACUAACCAGAUCAUAUUUCUGUUGUUAUUUGAAUCCCCGGUUGUUGGUGUUACUGCAAUCCCCACCAUGGUGCAGAAGUACCAGUCACCCGUACGGGUGUACAAGCAUCCCUUUGAGCUAGUGAUGGCGGCCUAUGAGCGCCGCUUCCCCACCUGUCACCUCAUCCCCAUGUUUGUGGCGAGUGAUGUGGUGGAAGAGGAGACCAAUGAGGAUGGUUCCACCACCAGGGUCGAGCGCCGCUGUGCCCUGGAUGUGGACGCCCCGCGCCUGCUCAAAAGGAUUGCGGGUGUGGACUACGUGUACUUCGUCCAGAAAAACACGCUGAACCGAAAGGAGAGGACACUUCACAUCGAGUCGCAUAACGAGACCUUCUCCAACAGGGUCAUCAUCCAUGAGACCUGCUGCUAUUCGGUUCACCCUGAGAAUGAGGACUGGACGUGUUUUGAGCAGACCGCCAGCCUGGACAUCAAGUCCUUCUUCGGCUUUGAGAGCACUGUGGAAAAGAUCGCUAUGAAGCAGUAUGCCAGCAGUAUCAAAAAGGGAAAGGAAAUCAUAGAGUUCUACCUGAAGGAGCUCGAAGACGAAGGGAUCACCCAUAUCCCGCGCUGGACUCCCUCCUCCCUUCCCCUGCCUCUACCCAGACCAACCAGCCUCUUCACCAGCCCACCUGUCCUCCCCAAACUCGCAGUCACGCCCGCCGAUUCCAACCCGCUGUCCAGCGAUGCCACGGACAGCAGCCCUCAGGACGCCAAGCAGGACAGCAGCGCACUUCAGCCAGACAGCCUAUCAGAGAUCCUGGCUGGUACACCUGAAGAUAAGUUGGAUGCAGACUAUAUAAAACGUUACCUAGGCGACCUGACCCCACUGCAGGAGAGCUGUCUGAUCAGACUUCGCAAAUGGCUGCAGGAGACGCACAAGGGAAAAAUCCCUAAGGACGAGCACAUACUGCGUUUCUUGCGUGCCAGGGACUUCAACAUGGACAAGGCGCGGGAGAUCCUUUGCCAGUCGCUGACCUGGAGGAAGCAGCACCAGGUGGACUACCUGCUGGAGACCUGGAGCUCACCACAGGUCCUCCAGGAUUACUACACCGGGGGCUGGCACCACCAUGACAGAGAUGGUCGUCCUUUGUAUGUCCUGAGGUUGGGCCAGAUGGACACCAAAGGACUAGUCCGCGCUCUCGGAGAGGAGUCUCUGCUCAGACAUGUGCUGUCUAUUAAUGAGGAGGGUCUGAGACGCUGUGAGGAGAACACCAAGGUGUUUGGUCGACCUAUCAGCUGUUGGACAUGUCUGGUGGAUCUGGAGGGGCUGAACAUGCGUCACCUGUGGCGACCAGGAGUCAAGGCGCUGCUGAGGAUCAUCGAGGUCGUGGAGGCCAACUACCCAGAGACUCUGGGACGGCUGCUUAUCUUGAGAGCUCCCAGGGUUUUCCCUGUCCUCUGGACACUCGUGAGUCCGUUCAUUGAUGAGAACACCCGCAAGAAGUUCCUCAUCUACGCCGGCAAUGACUACCAGGGUCCUGGUGGGCUGGUGGACUACAUAGACAAGGAGAUCAUCCCUGACUUCCUGGCUGGAGAGUGUAUGUGCGAGGUACCAGAGGGCGGCCUGGUUCCCAAGUCGAUGUACCGCACAGCUGAGGAGCUCGAGAACGAAGAUGUCCGCCUGUGGACGGAGACAAUCUACCAAAGCGCCAGCAUCUUCAAGGGAGCUCCACACGAGCUUCUGAUCGAGAUCAUCGAUGCCUCCUCAGUCAUCACCUGGGACUUUGACAUGUGCAAAGGCGACGUUGUUUUCAACAUCUACCACUCCAAGCGGGCCCCCCAGCCUCCGCGUAAAGACCCCCUGGGACCCCACGGCAUCACCUCCCCAGUAGGCAACAACGUCCAGCUCAUUGACAAGUCAUGGACGCUGGGGCAAGAUUACAGCAUGGUGGAGUCCCCGCUCAUCUGCAAGGAGGGCGAAAGCGUGCAGGGCUCCCAUGUUACGCGGUGGCCAGGUUUCUACAUCCUCCAGUGGAAGUUCCACAGCAUGCCGGCCUGCUCAGCCACCAACCUGCCCCGAGUGGACGACGUGCUGGCCACCCUGCAGGUCUCCUCACAUAAGUGCAAAGUCAUGUUCUACACUGAGGUGUUGGGCUCUGAAGACUUCAGACUGGCUUGCUGUGAUGUGCAGAGUUUGGGUUCGAUGACCAGCCUGGAGUCGAGCCACAGUGGCUUCUCUCAGCUCAGCGCCGCCACCACCUUCUCCAGCCAAUCACAGUCCAGCUCCAUGAUCUCCAGGUAGGACCUAGACGCUGAGGACUUCAAUCCUCCCUCUACUACCCUUUACCGUCAACUCCGAAGCCACCCUCCUCCUCCUGCCCGUUCUUGCCGUCUUUGGACUCUGUUCCUCAUUGCACAGCCAGUCUCUAUGGAACUGAAGCAUGCUUGCACAAACGGAAGACAAAGAAUUAAAAAAAGAAUUUGAGGCAAACCCCCUCCCUCCCCCCAAGAAAAGAGACUGUGUGUUACAAUUUCAAAGGGCUGAUUUUUGCACAAAAUUGAUAUAUUUUUUUUUGUGCCUGGCAUCUCAGCUGGGCAGCAGUUUGAAUCAGAACAUUAGCAGAAUGUUUGUUGUGGAAAGGUCGGGAAAUGAAUUGCGGUGCCUUUGUGGCACCAGGAGCUGAAAGAAGCAAUAUUCUCAUCCUUGGAGCUACGGGACUGGAUGAAGACACUGGAGCUGCUGUUACAUAUAUGCAUUUACAUCUACUCCCAGUCUCCCACACAUACAGUGCUGAGACAACGCAUACCUCAUUCACGUGCACUCUCUGGAAAACUGGAUGUGCUGUUACACACACACACACACACACAGACACACGGACGUUUGAUGACAUGCAAAAAUGUACAGUGUUUGCCAUUAUUAGAGGGGUUUGUUCACUCUGGUGAAUUGUUAAUAGGUCAAGCGUGGGUGGGUGGGGUAGACUCUGAACUGGACCUGGGUCAAAGAUCACCUGCAUUUGUGUGAAAUUUUGUUUUUCAAUCGUCAUGGAGUUACGGAGUGGGGGGGGGAGUUUACUGAAUCACGACAAUACAGAUGGUGACCGCAAAGUUGCCAGUUGACGGCGAAACUAUCUGAAUGUUGUAUUUUCCCGUGGCUGCGUGAGCUCUCCGUCAUUCAUCUUAUUGUGUUUCGUGGCAAACCCCACUUGUCCGUCUCACGAGUGCUUUAUCACACCUUGAAAAGCAUUUAAAUAUUUGACCUGGGUCUGACUCUUAGCGAAGUAAAAAUCCACUAGAAGCAAUAACACGAGUUUGACUUAACUGUUUGAAAUAUUUCUAUUUAUCGUGAAGAUGUUUGUGGACGAUCAUGGGUGCUGAUUGCAGAUGAGCUUUUAGUGGUAAGUUGUGUGUACAGGAAGGCGGGGGGUGGCAAACAGAGCCAGUAAACGGCAAAGUUCUGUGGCGCCAACAUUCACUUCCUCGUCUCCGUUACCAUUCUGUCAGGAACAAAAAUAACUCGCCAGAUUUUCUCCUGGACAUUUAUUUUUAUUAUUUUUUUUUAUUUCCUUGGGAUGACCCACGUUAGUUUGCUUUCUGUCCGGCAUCUGUCUGCACGAUGGAGGAACUCGGGUCAAAAUCAAGUCGUAAAGGAGAUGCCAUGUGAUUUGUGAAUGUGCUGCUGAUUGGCUAGCGCUCACAAGCCAAUGAAUAGCCUGAAUUUGUGAUGUAAUUGGGUGGAACCACCAUCAUUCUCUGCUUAUUUUUCAGAGUGAUUUAGAUUUCUGUGUGCAUUACGGAUGAAUGUUACUUUGUGAUUAUCAUUUGACGGUGCGCCAGUAGACAACAGUAUAUGAUACUGUACAUGUACUAGUGUUGGUUGGAGUUUGUUACUGUCUUUUGGAGAGGAGUACUUGAUGGGGUGAAGCAGUGUGGUGUGUUACUGCAUGCUCACGUGGUGAUUGGGUUUACAGAUUUAUUAUUCAAGAAUUAAGAUAUAGCCAUUUUGUCAAUAAAUACCAUUUUAGCCUUUGUAAGCAUCACUUAGAAACGUACCUGCUAUUUACAAGGUCACCACUGUAAUAGAUGGGACGAUUGUGAACAUUUCAAAAUGCAACAAAUCCAUGCAACAGUUUUGAAGACGGCUUAUUUGGUUGAUUAGCAUUGAUGACUUCACGUGGAUCUGAUUUCCUAUAGAAGGCAGAAAUGAGCAACAUUGCCAAGAGUCAUUCUUGUGUUGUUGCUAUUGUUACUGAGUGCAGCUAACAGCAACAAAAAAAACCUGCAUAGAUAGGACAGAGGCUUUCUCCUUAUAUCGGAAUAAGACUCCUGAAAACAUUGGCCCUGCCCGUUGUUGUUUUUGAUACAUGAAGCUGCUUGUUUUUGUUACUAUUAAUUAAAAGGUCAAGGGUUAACUUGUGGUAACUAUAUGUCAUUAACUGCAAUAACAUGAAAUGCUUUACUGAGAAAAAGGACCUCAGAUUGUGGGUUAUUAAAAAGUGUGUAUGAGGGUUCAAAAUUGGCACCAUCUACUAGCCAAAUGCCAGUAGAAUAUGCAAGUGGCUGGUAGAGUUGCUUCACUCGCCAU